AUGAAAAAUCAGGAAGCAGCUCCCGUAGAUCGUUUUCGUGUGGUGGGGGUCAUAUUCUUCAUCCUGGGACUCGGAACGCUCCUGCCAUGGAACUUCUUCAUGACAGCUAUAUCGUACUUCCAGAAUCGACUCAACACCACAGAGUGGAUCAAUGGCACAGUCGUUCCACACAGAGAGUACCACUUCAGCAACUGGCUGACCCUGCUAUCCCAGCUUCCCCUGCUGCUCUUCACCCUACUCAACUCCUUCCUGUAUCAGCGGAUCUCUGAGAACAUGCGGAUAGCUGGCAGUCUGGUCUUCAUCCUCCUCCUCUUCAUGCUCAAUGCCUCCCUGGUCAGGGUUCCCAUGAAUAAUGACCUCUUUUUCUCAGUCACCAUGGCUACCAUCUGGUUCAUCAACUCGUUCGGGGCAGUAAUGCAGGGCAGUCUCUUCGGGCUGGUGGGGCAGCUCCCUCAGAGGUACAGCGUGCUGUUCAUGAGUGGGCAGGGGCUGGCCGGUACCUUCGCCACGAUAGCCAUGCUGAUCUCCAUCUCCAGUGGGACAGACCCAGAGACGGCUGCGCUGGGCUACUUCAUCACCCCCUGCGGAGGCACAGUGGUCACGCUACUGAGCUACCUGCUGCUGCGGAGGCUACCGUUUGCUCGCUAUUAUUUCAAUAAAGGCAAAGGCUUGGAUGUGGCCCCAGACGCUGAAGGGCUGGUAGAAGAAUCCGGAUCCAUGAAGUAUGCCCGGAUAAAUGGGCAGGGCAAGCGCACCUCGCCGAAGAGGACCGGCUCCGCUGCCUACUCCUUCCCGGAGUCCUGGGAGAGCGCCAAGCAGGCCCUCCUCCCAAAGGAGCAGGCGGUCGCCGAGCCCCAGGAACCCGUCCCGGCCAGGAAGUCCUCCGUCUGGCAGGUCUUCAAAAAGAUAUGGGUCAUGGCGUUCUGUAUAACAUUCGUGUUCAUCGUUACUCUGUCCGUCUUCCCCGCGGUCACUGUGGAUGUGAAGUCCGAGUUCAGCGGAAAGUGGGAGCUAUACUUCAUCCCUGUGUGCUGCUUCCUCAACUUCAACAUGAUGGACUGGCUGAGCAGAACAGUCACCUCGGUGGUGCGGUGGCCUGCAAAGGAGAGUGCUCUAUUCCCGGUGCUGGUGGUGUCGCGGGUGGUCUUCAUUCCUCUGCUCAUGCUGUGUAAUGUGCAGAACCGUUCCCACCUGCCGGUCCUGUUCUCCCACGACGCCGCCUUCACCCUCAUCAUGCUGCUCUUCUCCUUCUCCAGCGGAUACUGCGUCUGCCUCGCCAUGUCCUACGCGCCGCUGCUAGUGGAGCCCAAAGACGCAGAGACGGCGGGGGCACUCAUGACGUUCUUCCUGGCCCUCGGCCUCUCCCUCGGGGCCGGACUGUCUUUCCCCCUGCGUGCCAUGGUGUAG